AUGGCAAGAGUGGAGAGAAAAGUAACAGUAACACGAGGCCUGCAUAUGCUGAAUAAUUGGACACUCUAUAUAUAGUGGCCAUAUCUACUUCAUUGAUCUCAAAGCAAUACAAUACAAUACAAUAUAUCUCCCACCUCUUAGGUUUUGCAUGACCAUGAAUAGAUCAAUGCAACCUGUUGCAAUUCUUUUCUUCCUUCUUGUCUUUCUCACCAUAACAUCCAUUCAUUUUAGUUUCUGCAAUGCAAACCAUGAUGUGGUCAUGUGCAUGGAGAGUGAGAGACAAGCUCUUUCUGCCUUCAAGCAAGACCUAGUAGAUCCUUCAAACCGACUCUAUUCUUGGGAAGUCGAAGAUGAUUGCUGCAAGUGGGAAGGAGUUGUUUGCAACAACUUAACUGGCCAUGUCCUCGAGCUCCAUCUUCAAAAUCCUAAUACUUUAUUUGAUUUUGGUUCUGAGGUUACCGCAUUGAGAGGUGAAAUCAAUGCUUCUUUGCUAAAUUUGAAGCACCUCAAGUACUUGGAUCUAAGUCUGAAUGAUUUUGGAGGAAUACCAAUCCCAUCCUUCAUUGGAUCUCUGGCAAGUCUGAGAUGUCUUAACUUGUCUGCAGCUGGAUUUGGAGGAUCAAUUCCUCAUCAACUUGGAAAUCUGUCGAGUUUACGUUUUCUGAGUCUUAAAAGUUCCAGUUUCGGUUUAGUUUUUGGUUUGAUGGAUGUUGACAAGCUUCAAUGGCUUCUUGGUCUUUCCCACUUGGAACACCUUGACCUAAGCUACGUGAGCCUUUUCAAAGAACCCAACUGGCUGCAGGUAAUUAACGAACUCCCUUCUUUAGUAGAGUUACAUUUGUCUGGCUGUCAACUUGAUUAUGCCAGUCCUCAUCUACUCGAUGUUAAUUUUACAUCUCUUGUCGUCCUAGAUCUUUCAUUGAACUACCUUUACUCUGUAAUACCCAGGUGGAUCUUUAGCCUCAGUAGCCUCGUUUCUCUUGAUCUACGCAUGAAUUUUUUUGUAGGCAGGCUUGAAGGUUUUAGAGAAAAUGGAUUUGAAGGUCCAUUUCCUAAAGUCUUCCAGAACAUGACCAGCCUUGAAUUUCUUGAUCUAUCAAAUAAUGAACUUGAGGGUCCAUUUCCUAAAGUCUUCCAGAACAUGACCAGCCUUGAAUUUCUUGAUCUAUCAAAUAAUGAACUUGAGGGUCCAUUUCCUGUGUUUUUGUCCAACAUGACCAGUCUUCAACAUCUUGAUCUAUCUAGUAAUAAACUAGAGGGAAGGCUACCAAAAUUCUUGGGAAAUCUUUGCAACUUGAGUUUUGUUAAUCUGGCAUUCAACAACUUUAGCGGGGAAUUGCUUAUAAGUUCAUCUAAAUGUGUAGUAUAUGCUUUGGAGACAUUGUCCUUGUCUGGGAAUCAUCUUUCUGGUCAUUUACCUGAUGAAUUUGAACAAUUUAACAAUUUGCGAUACUUUAGUCUCUGGGAUAAUUUGCUUUCUGGUUCCAUUCCAACCACUAUAGGAAGAUUGGCAUUGUUAGAAAUAUUGGAUUUACAAAGAAAUCAACUAAAUGGAACUCUUCCCCAAAGUUUUGGACAACUUUCAAAGCUGAAAACUCUUGAUGUGUCUAAUAAUUUGUUGGAAGGCAUUGUGUCAGAAGUUCACUUCGCCAAUCUCAUCAAUCUGAGGAAAUUAUAUGCCUCUGGAAACCGGUUGACUUUAAAGGUGAGUCCUGACUGGAUCCCUCCUUUUCAACUUAAAGAAAUAAAACUUGCUUCAUGGCGUUUGGGCCCAAGGUUCCCCACGUGGCUCCAAUCACAAAAGGGCCUUGAGGACCUAGACCUGGCCUACACUGGAAUAUUAGAUGCCAUACCAAUUUGGUUUUGGAACUUAUCUUCCUCCCUUUAUUUUCUAGAUCUCUCCCACAACCAAAUCCAUGGUGAGAUUCCAUAUCUUCUUGCUCCUCCUGAAGGCCAAAAUAUUUACUUGAAUUCCAACCAUUUUAAUGGUCUUUUACCCCAUAUUUCUUCCGAUUUGUAUGACCUUGAUCUUUCCAACAAUUCAUUUUUUGGGGAUAUCUCCCACUUCCUAUGUGAUAAGAAGGACAAACAACAAAAUCUGGUAUUUCUUGAUUUAGGAGAAAACCUUCUGUCAGGUGAAAUUCCUGAUUGUUGGAUGAGUUGGCAAUCACUAAAAAUCAUAGAAAUGGGAAACAACAAUCUAACAGGGAAUAUCCCAAGAUCCAUGGGGCUUUUAGGAGGUUUGCAAUCAUUACAUUUGCGCAACAACCAUCUCUCGGGAGAAAUUUCUUCAUCUCUACAAAAUUGUAUGAGUUUAGUGUUGGUUGACCUCGGUGAGAAUGAGUUUCAUGGAAGCAUACCUACAUGGAUGGCGGAAAGGCUUCCAUAUUUGAUUGUUCUUACCCUUCGUUCAAAUAAGUUAGAUGGCAUAAUACCUCCAGAACUUUGUCGCCUCUCCCAUCUUCAAGUCUUGGAUCUUGCUAACAACAAUUUUUCUGGAGCAAUACCAUGGUGUAUCAACAAUUUUAUUGCCAUGGUAAGAAAAGAAAAACAUGUGCAUUCUAUUGCAAAUGAAAAUCCCAUGUAUGAAAAUGCUCCUUCUGCUGCUCCUUCUACUGCUCCUACUUCUCCUUCUGUUAUUUCUAUUGUUCCUUCUGCUCCCUUUGGUAGCAAAGAUUACUCAGAGAAUGAAGUUUUGGUGACAAAAGGAAGUAUAUAUCAAUAUGACAAGACUCUUUCUCUUGUGACUAGCUUGGACCUUUCGAACAACAUCAUAUCUGGAAAGAUCCCUGUGGAACUAACUAGUCUCCAAGGAUUGCGUUUUCUGAAUUUGUCCGGAAAUCAUAUAACUGGUGUGAUUCCAAAGAAUAUAGGUAACAUGGGGUUGUUGGAAUCUCUUGAUUUAUCCAGAAACCAACUCUACGGUGAAAUUCCUCCAAGCAUGUCAGGUUUGAACUUUUUAAGUUACUUGAAUUUGUCUUAUAAUAACUUGCUUGGAAAAAUUCCAUCGAGUGCCCAACUCCAGAGCUUCCACGCUUCUAGCUUCACCGGCAACAAGCUUUGUGGACCUCCACUCACAAAGAAUUGUAGCAAUAAUGGAAAAACACCUGAGGGGAAUGAAGGAGAUAACGGAUGUGCUAGGUCUGAAGUGGAUUGGUUUUAUGUGUUUAUGGCUUUAGGAUUUGCGGUUGGUUUUUGGGGCGUCUCUGCUCCUAUAUUGUUCGUUAAGUCAUGGAGGUAUGCAUAUUUUCGAUUUCUAGAUAAUGUCUGGACUAGACUUGUGUUGCUCUAUGUGAGUAAAUGUGUUUACAUUGUACAAGUCAUGUAGAAGUCUUCUAUUUGUGCCUUCUAAAUAUUAUGAAUAAAUUUGUUUUCUUGGAA